UCGAAAUCCACAAUAGGAAGAAAUUUCUUCCAAGGCCUAUUCUUCUGAGGCUAGAAAGUAAAUAUCCUUUAAACCAGCUGUGCAUCCUGGACGCAGCGGGGUUACAGUUUUGAUGUUGCUGAUAUUCUGGGUGUUUAGUUCUAACAUUGCUGGAGUUUGGGGAAAUAAUUUCACGUUCUUAGUGUCGACCUGUUCGAUAAUGAAACCAAACAUGCGUAAUACUCCUCAAGGGCAAACACCAAGACGCAAAGAAGGCCAUUUACAGUAGUAAACGGUGCACAAAAUGCAAAAUAUAUUGGAACAUUCAGUUAUCUUAAUUGUUCCUUAAGACUUUAUUUAGAUUUUCCAAUCAAUUCAUUUCUCCAGGGAUGCAAUCCAGGCUCCAAGAGGUAAAUUGACACUUGCGCUGUGUGUGGUAUGCUGGCACGCUCUGAUGGAAAAAGAAAAAGCAUGCUUCCUCUCAUGUCAGAGUCCUAACCCUGAACAGAUCCCAAACAAAUGAACACUGCAGGACUCUUUCUCCUGCAUGCACACCUUAGAACAUAAAACCACUGGCAGGCAUCGUCUCUGUUUGCUGCUCCACAGGAGGUCAAAAUGAAUUAUUUAAAUGUAUUCAAACUGUGUCGUUUUAUUCAUCAUGGCUUGUCAAGUUGUCGUGCCAAAUAUUGGUCUGACAAAUGUGGACAUAGUGUUUUGGAAAGCGAGUCGUGGGAGGAGAUUUGUCUUACUCCACUGCGCUGCGUCCGGCUUCUAGUCUGGAUCCUGGCCAGAUGGGGAGGGAGUAGUUCCUGGCGAUUUCUUGGAGGGAUUUCGGGGGGAUAGAGGGGCAGAGAGAGAUUUAAGAAUUGAUAGGUGGUCGAGUUGUGUUUGGCCGGGUGGAUAUGCGCAAGCAAAGUCGAGGAGCUUUAUUUCCCCUCUCUUGUGGGACUAUUGCCAGCAAUGGACAGAGAGAGGAAGGAGGAACAGCGGCUGGCGUUUCUUGAUUUUCAUGGCUAUAAACGCGCAGAGCAUCGCAAAGGGACACUGACUUCUUCAAUUAACGCAUUAGGGAACCUUUACUAGCAUUUGAAAUAUAGGAAAAGCGAUUUCCCCACGUGUUAUAGACCCCCACCAUGACGACAGAGAGCUCCCAGCAACAUUUGGAUCCAUCUAAUCUUCUGCGCUGCAGUCCAGCGGCAGCUCUGCUGAGCGCACAGCCAGUGAUGGAGAGCGCGCACAAUACAUCAGCCAAAGGGAAAAAAGGAAACUCUGGCUUGAGACGCCCUGAAAAGCCCCCCUACUCAUAUAUUGCCCUCAUUGUGAUGGCAAUUCAAAGCUCACCGACAAAAAGGCUUACCCUGAGUGAAAUUUAUCAGUUCCUGCAGGCCCGAUUCCCUUUCUUCAGGGGAUCAUAUCAGGGAUGGAAAAAUUCCGUCAGACACAACCUGUCUCUGAACGAAUGUUUUAUAAAGCUGCCCAAAGGUCUCGGCAGACCUGGCAAGGGCCACUACUGGACAAUCGAUCCGGGUAGUGAGUUUAUGUUCGAGGAGGGCUCCUUUCGUCGCAGACCUCGGGGGUUCCGUAGGAAAUGCCAAGCCCUGAAACCAAUGUACAGGAUGAUGAAUGGUAUAGGGUUUGGUGCGUCUAUGCUGCCGCAAAACUUUGAUUUCCAGUCACCUUCAGGCUCAUUAGCGUGUCAUAACGGCUACAACAUAGACUUGAUGGGUGGUACGGUGCCAGGGGGCUACGAGGGACUCGGAGGGGGGCAUCACGUCCCACAUAUGUCAUCAAGCUCCGGGUCAUCGUACAUGGCUGCAUGUCAGGUGGCCUCUAACGCGGACUACUGCCCGGACAGCAGUAGCAGCCCCCUGCAGUCCUCCCCAGCGAUGGUAGGCACUUUGGACUGUCAGUCGCCGUAUGCAAAUGCAGCCUCACACUGGAGUUCACCUGGUGUAUCUUCAUACAUCAAACAGCAGUCGCUGGCAUCAAGCAGCCCCACUUCUUCUGCUCUGCACGCGGGAAUGCCAUCUUACUCUCUGGAUCAAGGCUAUCUGCACCAUAAUGCACGAGAUUCUUCUGACGUUUCAGUGGGACUGUCUCGAUAUUCCAGCCACUCGGCCCCUGUGUGUGACAGGAAGGAUUUCGUUUUGAACCUUAAUGGGAUCUCUUCUCUGCAUCCCAGCACCGGCGGAUCUUACUAUCACCAGCUUCAUCACCAUCAUCAAAGUGUCUAUCAGGACGUCAAGCCAUGUGUAAUGUGACAAAACAAACCACUUUCAGGCAAGACAGAUCUGUCAAGAACUUUUCUGCUAAACACAACCCUCAGGAGUUAUUCUAACAGAACUGUUGGUGAGAAAGAAGAAAGGAGGUUUUAUUUUCUGAAGAGUCAGUGUGGAAGCAGAGAGGAUGAAAACUCACCUUUUACCCGUUUAGCAGCGGUUAUAUCAUGAUGUGAGGAUCUAUUGUGUCACUAUACAUUCUCAUUAUAUUACUGACUGAUCACACGCAUGAAUAAGCGGCAAUAUUUACAUUUUUACUGAAAAACACAUAGCAUACACCUCAAUUUAUGUUUAUUCAUGCACUUAACUUUG